GGCUGGAGAGCAGUGGCUAUUCACAAGCCCAAUCCCAUUACUGAUCAGCAUGGGAGUUCUGACCUGCUCCAUUUCUGAACUGGGCUGGGACAUCCCUUCUUAGGCAACCUGGCGGUCUCCUGUUCCCGGGAGGUCACCAUACUGAUGCUGAACUUAGUGCGGACACCCAAUCAGCAUAGCACACUACAGCCCAGAAUUCCUGGACUCAAGGGAUCCUUCUUCCUUUGCCUCUCAAGUAUCUGGGACUACAGACAUGUGGCCGAUGGGACUUUAGAAAUUAAAAACCGUGUUGUAGGUGACAUCAGUGAAAAUGGUGGAAUAAAGACACUCGAAAAUUCAUCCCUUCAUAAAAGCAACCACCACCACAAAAAUGGCCAUAAAGGAGCAGUGUGAAGAAGAAGAAGCGAGAACGACCCCCGGACCAACAAAAGCCCAUGCGACGCUGUAUCCCAUGCCCAGCGCCUACGUCCCGCCGCCGUCGCCACCAUGCCCGAGAGAAAGGCUGAAGGGGAUGCUAAAGGAGAUAAGGCCAAGGUGAAGGAUGAACCACAGAGAAGAUCCGCGAGGUUGUCUGAUAAACCUGCUCCUCCAAAGCCAGAGCCCAAGCCUAAAAAGGCCCCUGCAAACAAGGGAAAGAAGGUACCCAAAGGGAAAAAGGGAAAAGCUGAUGCUCGCAAGGAAGGGAAUAACCUUGCAGAAAACGGAGAUGCCAAAACAGACCAGGCACAGAAAGCCGAAAGUGCUGGAGAUGCCAAGUGAAGUGUGGGCA